AUGAAAGGCAAUAAGCAAUAUCAAUAUUAAGAAAAAGAAAAUAUCAUCCCAUUUACAUAAGGUUUUCCUCCAGGCAAGAGUAAGACUAUUAGGAAUGUUAGAACAUCUGCAAGUUAGAAUGUCCCGCCUAUAAUUCAUUCUAACAUUUAGGCUAACUACCUUUAUGAUUAAUAGAUAAGCUAAUUUAAUGAGCAAUUCAAGUAGCCAAAAGACUAAGAAUAUAAUUAAGAUCAGCAGUAGCAUAAUGAAGAAAAUGUGAGAUCAUUUGUCAGAUAUCCAAAAUCAAGCAGAGGAGAAUAAUCAUAAACAAGCCACACACAUACUGCAAAAGAUUAGCCUGUAGUCUUAGAUAUCUAAGAUCUUAAAUAAUUAAAGUGUUUUCUAUUAGAAAAUGAUUUAGAAGAAGAUACUGUGAUUUCUGGAGAAGUAAAUGGCCAAUCAAACCAUUACACAAUAUCUCAUCCAUCUUAGUAUUCAGAAAAAAAUUAAUCAGAGUAAAGCUAUUUUCGAGAAAAAAUUCCACCAUUUAGAGAGAUACAAACAAAUAUUUUGUAAAAAACUUCUAUGAACAUAAAUUAAUAGGUUUAAAGCUUACCAUUAAAGCCACAAAAUAGGUAAAAGUCAGCAAAUUAGUAACAUAAAGAAAAAUAAGAAAAAAUUACAUGCCAAAGCAAGCCAUCAACUAGAUAGGGAAGAUAUUGUUAUGAUAGCAAUGAAUUUAGUGAUAAAAAUUACCAAACAAUAUCUCAUAAUGAACCAUCAUAGUUAAUAUGUACUUGCAUUAACAUGAAUGACCAAAAUCAUAAAUAGCAUGGCACUUUAUAGGAAAAAAGUACAAAUAUAAAUUCAUUCAGAGAGCUUGUAUUCUGCUAAAUACACUCAUAAUAUCAAAAAGGUAUGUAUCCCUUAAACAGCAACAAUAAUAAUAAUAAUAAUAAUAAUAGUAAUGCUCAAUGCUCAUCUCAUUCUAAUUAAAGAAGACCUUUGACAUAAAAAUUAAAUAAUAACCAAUAAAAUGGGAAAUAAAUACAAAAGUAAUAGUAAGAUUUUGAAGAUUCUACACUUUCUUAAAGUAACAAUGAAAUACAAUCAAAAAGAACUAUCUGCGUAAGGAAAAGGGGGAACUCUUAAAAUUAAAAGCCAACUAGCUAGAACUCUUUAGAAGUAAGUCUCUUUUAAUAUUUACAAAAUCCAAUAAAUUGUGGAGCAAAUUAGAAUAUUAUAUUAUCAAAUGAAUUUGGUAGAAUGCACUCAAGAAGUGUUUUUUCGGUAUCAAAAGACUAAAUUUGCAAUUCAAGCAAUAGUAACAACAAUAAUGUAUCAUAAAAUUAUUUAGCAAAGAGCUUAGCUUAGUAAUCAGAAGAGAGAAAAAAUUUUAACAAAGCUAUUCAUAAUGUUUUAAUAAAUUUCAAAGCUAUGCAAUAAACACAAAAUAAUCUUCCACCCAUGAACAACAAUAUUAUGGUUAACCACUAAUUUUAGCAGUUUUCAUAACCUGUAAAAUAAUAAAUAUCUAACUUAAAAUAAGAUGUAGAAGAAAUAAAUUAAACUAAUACUAAUGAUCAGUAAUUGCCAGCAAAUACUCCCAAUAAUAUUUAUCUUAAUAAUAAUGUAAUCAUUAAUAAUUAUAAUGAGCCAAACGCUUAAAUUUAACAAAGAAUAAAUCUACCAUCAAUAAAUAAAAAUAACCAAAAACAAGCCAGAUCUUUGAGCUUUAAUGGUGCUAAUUAUAAUAAUAAGAAUACAACUAUUUAUAAUACAAAUUAAUAAAAUUUUAAAAUUUAAAAUAUCAACAGCAGCUUCUUUAACAAUUAAAAUGAAUAAGAAUAGUCAAAUCAAAAAAUAGAAAAUCUUUACAAAGUAUUUAAUUGA